GAAAUCAGUUUGCUGGCAGAUUAAGAAAUAUGGCAGGUGUUGUAGACGAGACGGUCGGUCCGUCCCACGGAAUAGCCAUGGUGGAUUGCCAUUGCCAUCUUGUGGAUAAGUCUUUUGAUGAGGAUAUUGACACUGUGAUUCAGCAAGCAAAACAGGCAGGUGUGAAGGGAACCCUGGUGGUGACAGAGACCUACACACAGUUUGAUAAAGUCUUGCAGCUGGCACAAAGACACCCAGAUUUUGUAUAUCCUUGUCUGGGAGUUCACCCAGUCCAGGGUGCCCUGACUGGAGAACAGAGGUGUGUCACACUAGAGGAUGUAGAAAAGGCCUUACCCAUUAUAGAACAGAACAUCAGCAGUAUAGCUGCCAUAGGGGAGAUAGGUCUAGACUUUCAGCCAAGAAUAUGUGUUAGACCAGAAGACAAAGACGUUCAGCGACAGGUGUUAAAAUUACAGGUUGAUCUGGCAAAGAAAUAUGAUUUACCUGUGAAUGUACAUUCAAGAUCUGCAGGUAGACCAACCAUUGCUGCUUUAAGAGAAUUUGGUGCUGAUAAAGUAUUGUUACACGCCUUUGAUGGUAAGCCAGCAGUGGCUAUGACAGGUGUGGAGGCUGGGUACUUUUUCUCUAUACCGCCAUCUUGUGUCAGGAAUCCAGAGAGCAAACUAGUUCAGCGGUUACCAGUUACAAAUAUUCUGCUUGAAUCUGAUUCGCCAGCUCUUGGACCAGAAAAAGAUGUGAGAAAUGAACCAAAAAAUAUUUUGUUAUCUUGUGAUUACAUCGCUACAAGGAAGAAGUUAGACGUCCAUGAACUGAGCAGAAUCACCACAAUGAAUGCCUUAAAACUAUUUCCUAAACUUGCAAGAGUAAUAAAAUGAU